AUGAGUUAUCAAAGUAAAAUUAAAGUAAUUCAAAUCAAUGAUGGAUUGCAAGUUGUAAUCUCUGAAAAAUAUAAUCAAACUAUUCAUUCUCCAAUAUUGUUUAAUGGGAUUGAUUGUAAAUAUGAAAACAACUCAAAAAAUGUCCAAGAUCAAUCUUCAUCAUCAUUUAGUUGUACUUUAAUGGGAAUACCAUAUUUAGAAGGAUACUAUCCUUUUAAAAUUGGAAAUCAAUCAUCAUUUAAUAUUUAUUUUAAACAUCAAUUCCCAAUUAUAACAAAUAUUCAAUACUCUUUAGAUUAUUUUGGACCAAAGAUUGAAAUGUAUGGAUACUUUGGGAAUAUUGGGAAUGCAACUAUAUACGAUUUAAUUAAACAGAAUAGUACUGUAGUGGACAAGGUACAAGUAUCGAUUGGUAACAAUGCGCCAAGAGACUGUAGGAUUUACUUUCAGUCACCAACUUAUAUCUAUUGUUAUGAUUUGUAUAUUUCAUACCCAAUGGUAUCUGGUGAACAGUCAUUAUCUGUUACUGUGAAUGGGUAUACCAAACAUUGGACAAGACUGUUGUAUUACUCUAGUCCUCUAAUACUCAAAUCUUUUAUCACCGACGACUACCUCUCUUGUGGUACACACGGAUCGAUGAAUCUAGUUGACGGGUCGUGCAAGUGUGAUGCAGAUUCUGGGUAUGGUGGAUUCCAGUGUCAAAACCAACGAUUGUAUAUCAAUGGGUCGUACACAAACCAAGAAUUUAAUUCCAACCUAUUUCAUAUUCUCAAUUCAACAUUAAUGCAAAUACAAGAAGUUGACGGCUCGACUCAUUCAGAUAGUUGGUAUGGUGAUACUACCUAUGACGCAAUGACCUAUAAAUCUAUUUAUCCCAGUCCUUCCAACAUGAUCAUUUCAAACAUCCAAGGUGUAUCGCCAACUAUCCCCGACCAAGACUGGUCCAAACCACAAACAUACAGUGUUCUCUUUAAAUACCACCCCAACUCAACCACCGAGAUUAAAGACGCCUCUCAUAACCCGAAUAACGACAAUGUCGAGAUAUACCUAAACAUGACAGUUACCAAUCAUCGUAUCACACUAACCUUGUCCAUUUCAAAUUGGAACUUUUCAAAACUUGAAAAUCAACUUUGCAUACUCACAAAAUACCAAUUAAACUAUGACCAACCAUUUGAACAACCAGAUGCCAAUGUGUUUGGGACAACCUCGGCGCUGGACAAGGAUAGAAUCACCAAAGAACAAUUGGUUGAUGGGUAUAAUCAAGGUCACUCUAGACUCAAUACAUUUACAUGGAAAGAUACAUUCAACAAGGUUGGUCGUCCAUUAAUCCAGAUUAUAGCAAACAAAUAUCUAUUGUUUAAUAUCGAGUCUGGUAAUGUCGUCAGUGAUAAUCGUCAGACUUUUACAAUGCAAAGAAUAGAAAGUAUCGAUAAACAACAAGCCAAUGUCAUCGUAUCCCAAUACAUCCCUCAAUUCAAACAAUCCCUAAUCCUAUCACAAUCAAUUGAAACUUUUAUACCCAACCAAACAGAUCAACCACAAACCCCAAGUCAACUAGACCCAAAACAACAAAGGUAUUUAUUAUCUCCUCUUAGUGUUUAUUAUCUCUUAUUACUCUUAAAACAACAACAACAACAACAACAACAACAACAACAACAACAACAACAGACCAAUCAUGUGUUGACAUAUAUAUACAUUCAGUCUGAAAGUCAUUUACUUUCUUGUUUAUUUCACUUAAAGACAAUAUAUAAAUAA